CUGGAUUUUUGGCUGGCACCCCGCGGCCUCGGGCUCCCGGUCGACAUCCGCGUGCCCUUCCCCAGCCUGCAGCCCCUCAAAGCCCACCUGGAGGCCAACGGCGUCUCCUACUCCAUCAUGAUCGAGGACGUGCAGAUCAACACCUUCAUGGACCUGCUGGUGGCCGAAAACCCCAACCUGGUCAGCAAGCUCGAGAUCGGCCGGUCAACGGAAAACCGCCCCCUCUAUGUGCUCAAGUUCAGCAAAGGGGGGACGAACCGCCCGGCCAUCUGGAUUGACACCGGCAUCCACUCCCGCGAAUGGGUGACCCAGGCCAGCGGGAUCUGGUUCGCCAAGAAGAUUGUUGUGGACCAUGAGAAUGACCAAGACUUGGCCUCCCUCCUGGACAAGAUGGACAUCUUCCUGGAGAUCGUCACCAACCCGGAUGGCUUCGCCUACACCCAAAGCCAGAACCGCAUGUGGCGCAAGACCAGGUCCAAGAAUUCGGGCUCCAUUUGCGUCGGCGUGGACCCUAACCGCAACUGGGAUGCAGGUUUCGGAGGGUCCGGGGCCAGCGGGAACCCCUGCUCGGAGACGUACCAUGGUCCCUAUGCCAACUCGGAGCCCGAGGUGAAGGCCAUCGUGGACUUCGUGAAGAACCACGGGAACAUCAAGGCUUUUGUCUCCAUCCACAGCUACUCCCAGCUCCUGCUUUACCCCUACGGCUACACCACCACCCCAGUGCCUGACCAGAAGGAACUGCAUGAGAUUUCCGAAAAGGCGGUGGCGGCUCUGUCCUCUCUGUACGGCACCAACUACAAGUACGGCAGCAUCAUCACCACCAUCUAUAAGGCGAGCGGAGGAACCAUCGACUGGACGUACAACCAGGGCAUAAAAUACUCCUUCACCUUCGAGCUGCGGGACACGGGGCGCUACGGCUUCCUGCUCCCCGCCAAGCAGAUCGUCCCCACCGCCGAGGAGACGUGGCUGGCGCUGAAGGUCAUCAUGCUCCACGCACGGGACCAUCCCUACUAG